UUAUUCACCCUUCGUAUUAUAAGCAUAUGCUUUGUGAUAGGCCCAAUGUCUGGUUUAUAUCCUGAAAACUCUGAACAAACUGGUUUGUUGAAUGUGUUGUGUCACAGUCUGCAGGGCGUCUCUUCUCACCGACAGCCUCUGCAGCGCCACUCAGCGCCCCCUGCAGGCUCCCUGCGGGACGACAGCUGGCUGUGAAAACAUCCCUUCCCGGCCCGCCUCACCGCAGACUAGCAGCGGCGGCGGAGCGAGCCGGACGGACGGACUGACUGACCGCCCGGUGGAAACGUUAUGGCCGUGCGGACUCCGAGCGAAGCAGCGAGCCGCAUUCCCCAAAUGGCGGAGUGAGUGAGGAUGCGACUCCCCAGCUCCAUCUUUGUGUCGGUGUCUCUGUUCACGGCCGAGACCACGGCAGCGCUCUACCUCAGCUCCACGUACCGCUCAGCUGGAGACCAAAUCUGGCAGGGGCUCACGCUCCUCUUCACGCUCGUACCGUCAGUGCUCGUGCAGCUGACGCUCACCUUCAUCCACCGGGACCUCAGCAGAGACAGACCGCUCGUUCUGCUGCUGCACAUCCUGCAGCUCGGACCCAUCGUCAGGUGUCUGGAGGCGUUUUGUAUCUACGGCAGCGUGGGCCGCGUGGAGGAGCCUUAUGUCAGCAUCACCCGGAAGAAGCAGAUGCCUCGCGGGGGUCAGUCUGAGGAGGUGGAGCGGCAGGUGGGGCAGGCGGAGGGGAAACUGUUUACACACCGGGCAGCCUUCGCCCGCACCUCUGUCAUUCAGGCCUUCUUGGGAUCUGCCCCCCAGCUCACCCUGCAGCUCUACAUCUGCGUCCUGCAGCAGGGGGUGUCCAUCGGAAGAGGCACGCUGAUGGUGAUCUCUCUCUUGUCUAUCGUGUAUGGAGCGCUGCGCUGCAACAUCCUGGCCAUUAAAAUCAAAUAUGAUGACUAUGAAGUGGACGUCCGGCCCAUGGCUUAUCUGUGCAUUUUCCUGUGGAGAAGCUUUGAGAUCGCCACUCGGGUGGUGGUUCUGGUUCUGUUCAGCUCUGUUCUGCAGCUCUGGGUCCUGCCUGUGGUUUUGCUCAACUUCCUUGUUUUCUUCUUCUACCCCUGGAUCCUGUUCUGGAAGAGCCACUCGCCGUUCCCUGAGAAUAUAGAAAAGACUCUGACCAGGGUGGGGACCACCAUUGUGCUUUGCCUGCUCACCUUCCUCUAUGCUGGUAUCAACAUGUUCUGCUGGUCAGCUGUGCAGGUGAAACUCAAUGACCCGGACCUCAUCAAUAAGUCUCAGAACUGGUAUCGCAUGGCUGUGUACUACAUGUUGCGUUUUGUGGAAAACGCCUCGCUGCUUCUGCUGUGGUACAUCUACAAAACAGACUUCUACAAGUUCAUCUGCGCCCCGCUGCUGGUGCUGCAGCUGCUGGUAGCCUACGCCAUCGCCAUCUUCUUCAUGCUGGUCUUCUACCAGUUCUGUCAUCCAUGUCGGAGGCUCUUCUCCUCCAGCAUGACGCAGGGCCUUUGGAACUGCUCCUCUCUCCUCUGUCUCAUGUGCAACUGCUCUUCUCCACAGAACAGGCCGAUGGGAAAGUCUGUGCUGGGGCCACCGAGCCCCAGCACAGACAAAGAGCGGACGAAUGACCGAGCCCACGACACGGCCAGCGAUACCACAGACGACAUGCCUAAUGAAACAACGUACGACAUGCUCAAUGAUACAAUCUGUGACUCCCCCAAUGAAAUAGGCAAUAAUGUAGGUGGUGAAAUCAACGGUGACAUUAACCACAGUGUUUCCUGCAAUGCUUAAACCAACGGAUCGUUGUGCCAUUUGGAGGAACUAACAGCUGUCAUUCCCCUUUGUAACCUUUUAAGUGCCACACUGAGCUCUCUGUGAGUUGAGUUUACACUUUAAAUCCUUUUGUUUUUUUGGAAUGUUUAUACUCUACUAUAUCCAUCUCAACUCUGUUCCCUACCAUGGUCCCAUACUCCUACAUGAAGCAAAUGUGUCCUUAACUGGAGAUCUGCGAACAUGCACAGAGUUCACCUGUCUCAUCAGCCAACAUCAUUCUGCAGCCUUUAAUACAAACUCAUGGACAGCACCAUAACGUCUUUAAUUUUGAAGACUGUGUCCACUUAUAUGCUGCAUUACUGAUCACAAAGAGCCAUGCAUUUGAACUGAUUGUAUUUAGUGUCUCUCUUUGGCAUGGAGGUGUGCAUGUGUGGAGCAGGUGAGAUGUAAGCUAACUGUUAUUCUGCAAGGGGGGCAGUGAGUCUAUUUUGUACAGGGCUUUUCCGACCCCCUACACACACACACACAUCCUUGUUUAUGGCUGCAAUCAAUCUGCUGUUUUUACUCCCUGAUAGGAGCUUUAUCAUUAAUACAUGCUGCUCCUGUGACGUAUUUGUGCUUGACUACGAUCCUCACAUCGUUUAUCUGCCUGUCCGAUCACCCAACACGUCACCGUGAAGCACGGACAUCUCUCACGUUUUUGCACGUUUACAAAACGGAUUUAAGUGGCUUUUGGUUCAGCAGCAACAGCUGUAGUGAUGUGAAAUGCUUUGUGUGGAUGUAAUUGUAUUUUUCUAAUUCAUGCUUGUUAUGUCGGGCUGUCUGUCUCUAUGUGUCAUUAGUUGGAAUAUUUACACAGAGCACACACACACAAAUUGAUUAUAUCUAAUUGCAAAAUGUUUGGAAUUGUAACAAGUAGUUUUGUUUGCUUAUUUUUAACCUGUUGACAUGCAGUUGUGUGUGCGCGAGAGAGAGAGAUUGUCACUGUUGUUUGUUUUUGCACUAACUCCUUUUUGCAAUGUAUCUGCAGAGGGGUGAUAAUCCCCAGUAUGCUCCCAAUGUUUGUACAAAUAACCUUUGAAGCCAAAAAAAAAGAAAACCCUACUGCACACAUCAUUCUCAUACAGAGCAAAAUAAAGGCAUUUAAAAGACAAACUCCUACUUAAAAAUCUAAAUAAAUUUAUAUUUAUAUGUGAAAA